AUGAAUAUAAAAUCAAUUAUGUCUCUUUUUGUUUGUAUUUAUAUUUUUACAAUAUUAACCGAAACCGUACAUUCACAAGGCCCAUAUCCAUAUGGUACAGAACCAGGAUGCUCGAUGUACGGGUUUAACGCAAGUUAUAUUAUUGUAGAUAAUUUCAAGCCAUAUGAUCAUACAGAUAUGGCACCAAACACUUGUCAAGCCUCUCACCCAGAAUAUUCAAAUUCUUCAUGUUGCACAUUCAAUCAAACUUUAGUAUUAUCAGAUAAUAUGGUUAUGGGAGCAGCAAUUUUUGGACGUUGUCCAGCAUGUCUUUAUAAUGUAUGGGAUCUCUGGUGUGCAUCAUCAUGUAGUCCAUAUCAAUCAUCUUUUAUGAUCCCCACCAAAAAUAAUACCGAGGGUAAAAUUUCAAAUAUUGAUUUUAUUCUUCAUCCAGAUUAUGCUUGGGGUUUAUAUAAUAGUUGUAAAGAUGUAAAUUCAAAUGGUGCACCACCAUUCGGCACCCUUUGCCCAACACCAUUACUGUUCUUCCAAUCAAUUUUCUCCACCAACCCUGCAUUUUCCAUCAACUGGGUUUUCAACGAAACUGGUUAUAAUGGUAAUAUAACUCCAUGUACUGCAAGUUGUUCAUGUGGUCAAUGUAGUGACUCUUGUACUGCUGCUCCUGCUGUAAACAAUAUUGUUUUCUUUAAUCAAUCAUUACCAUCAACCUAUAUGUUUGACCAAGAAUUACCAUGGUUAACAGUCGGAUUAAUUUGGGGAUUUGUAAUUUUUAUUUUAUCAUUACUUUUAUUAUCGAGUGGUUGGAUGUUAUACAAAAAAGAACUUUUAUUAAUCAGUACAUCAAAUCAAAAAAUUGGAGUAUUUAUGGCAUUGUUCAUAGUUUACGUUAUCGCUAUUUUAAUUCCAUUUAUUAUUGGCGCAGUCGAUUUACCAACUCAAACUACCCAAUGUCUUUGGAAAAUGCCAGGUGAUCACGAAUGGUACUGCGAUUUAGCUUUAUUUGUUGGAUCAUAUGUCAUGUUUGCUUUGACUGUUCUUUUUGUCAUGACCCUUGUUAUUUAUCUUUUAUCAUUAUCAUCCCAACCAAUCCCAGGCUCUUCAUCAGAUGUUUCAGUUAGACUUCCAAACUCUGAUUCACCAUCAGACUCUCCAUUAUUGCAGUCAAGUUCAAGUGAAAAUAGUUCUAGUUUUACAGCUGGUAAUUUUGUUCAAAAAUUAUUUUACAAAUAUGGUCAAGUAAUCGCAUCUCGUCCAUUGAUCGUCAUUGGAGUUUGUCUUAUAUUCACCGUUGUUAUGGGUGUUGGUAUUAAAUUUUUACAAAUUGAAGAAGAUCCAGUCAAACUUUGGGUUGCACCUGGAAGUAGAGCUGCUCUUGAUAAAGAUUAUUUUGAUUCAAACUUUGGACCAUUUUAUAGAGUUGAACAAUUAAUUAUUACACCAAAACAACCAGUCGAUUCUAUCUUCCAAUACGAUCUCCUUUUAGAACUCUUUAACAUUGAAAUUCAACUUAUGAAUUUAGUUACAAACUACAAUAACAAAACUGUCACCUUACAAGAUCUUUGUUUCCAACCAACUAAAAAAGGUUGUCUCGUAGAAAGUGUUUCUGGUCUUUGGCAAAGAGAUAUUAGUAAACUAAAUACUACUCAAAAUAAUAUUUUAGGUUAUUAUGAAAGUUGUCAAUCUAAUUUACUUGGUGCUUCAUGUAUGGAUGCAGUUGGUGCACCAGUAAAUCCAAGUGUAGUUUUAGGUGGUUGGGAGAAAAACUCAACCAAUGCAACCACAUUUGUUACUACAUUCCUUCUUAACAAUCCAAACUCUCAAGUAGACGAAGCAAUGGCCUGGGAAAAUGUAUGGUUAGCUACUAUCCAAAACAUUUCAAAAGCCUCAACAGUUUUCGAUAUCUCUUACAGUGCAGAGCGUUCAGUCCAAGAUGAAUUAUCACGUGAAAGUGAAGCUGAUGUUCCAACCAUUAUUAUUAGUUACAGUGUUAUGUUUUUAUAUGUCUCAUUUGCCCUAGGUAGUUACUACCCAUUCCCAAAUAGAUUCAGUUCCAUUUUGGUUCGUUCAAGAUUUGCACUUGGUUUAUGCGGUAUUUUAGUAGUUGCAUCAUCAAUCGUUAUCGCAGUAGGUAUUUGCAGUUAUGGUGGUCUUAAAGCCACUCUUAUUAUUUCCGAGGUUAUUCCUUUCUUAGUCUUGGCCAUUGGUGUCGAUAAUAUCUUUAUUAUGGUAAACACUUUUGAAACUCUUCAUGUAGUUCGUUACGAUCCUCAAACUGGUGCUUCAAUUUUACCCACCGCCGAGGAUUCAUUAGCUCGUACUCUUUCAAAAGUUGGUCCAUCCAUGGCUUUAGCUUCUCUUAGUGAAGCAUUAGCUUUUCUUUUAGGUUCAUUUACUGGUAUGCCAGCCGUUCAGGCUUUCUCAUAUUAUGCUUCAGUUGCUAUUCUCUUUGAUUUCCUUCUUCAAAUUAGUGCUUUUGCUUCUCUUUUGGUUUUGGAUACCAAACGUACAGAAUCAAGACGUAUCGAUUGUUUCCCAUGUGCUCAACUUGGCGGUGAUAAUUCAGAUGAUGAAGAUGAAGAUGAACGUCAACCAUUUAUGCGUGCUGACAUCAACAACAAUCUCAACUCACAAUAUAAACUUAAAAAAGCUAAAAAGACUACUCUACUUCAACUUGUCUUUAAGAACACCAUUACCCCACUUGUCGUUAAUCCAAUAUUUAAGAUUUUUUCAAUCGUUUUCUUUAUUGGUAUGCUUUUAGUUGGUAUCAAUUAUUCUUUCCAAGUUAGUAUUGGUCUCGAUCAAAGAGUAGCUCUUCCAAGAGAUAGUUAUCUUCAAGCUUAUUUUGAUAAUUUAGCAAAUUAUUUAGAAGUUGGUCCACCAUUUUAUAUUGUUGUCAAAGGUGAUUAUGACUAUGUAGAUGUAGCAACACAAAACGACUUAUGUACUGUAGCAGGUUGUAAUAAUAAUAGUCUUGUCAAUGUUUUCAAUAAUGCUCCUUAUAUUAGUCAAGGUAUCAGCUCAUGGCUCGACGAUUAUUUAUCUUGGUCACAAACCUUUGGUUGUUGUUUAUCUUAUCCAAAUGGUACCAUUUGUACUGAUCCAACUUGUUCCCCAUGCUUUUUAGUAACCAGCACAGGUCGUCCAACACCAGAAGAUUUCCAAGAGUAUCUCCAUGAUUUCCUUGGUGCACCAAAUACUGCCUCUUGUCCAAUUGCAGGUUUAGCCUACACAAGUGAUACCAAUAUUCAAAAUGGUACAAUUAUUGCCUCACGUUUCGAUGGUUAUCAUACACCAUUACGUACUCAAAACGACUAUAUCAAUGCUAUUCAAACUGCUUAUUUCUUGGCUGAUGAAUCCAAAUUGGAUGUUAUGGUCUAUAGUAUUUUCUAUGUCUACUUUGAAGCUUAUCUUACUAUCAAGAGUGUUGCUAUUACCUGCGUUCUUUUGGCUUUGGCUGGUGUAUUUGUAAUGUGUUUAAUCUUAUUAAUGAACCCAUUAGUUUCGUUAUUGGUAGUUAUUUCAGUAGGUAUGAUUUGUAUUGAUCUUCUUGGUAUUAUGACCCUUUGGAAUAUUAGUCUCAAUGCAGUAUCGGUAGUAAAUCUAGUAAUGGCAAUUGGUAUUGGUAUCGAAUUCAACGUUCAUAUUGCAUCCGCAUUUGUCAAAGCUCCAAAACAUCUCUCAAGAGAACAAAGAGUUAAAUAUGCCCUCAACGAAAUGGGUGCCAAUAUCAUUUCUGGUAUUUUCAUUACAAAAUUAUUAGGUGUCUCUGUACUUGGUUUCUCUUCAUCCGAAAUUUUCACUGUUUAUUACUUCCGUAUGUACUUAUCUAUAGUUAUUCUUGGUGCUCUUCAUGGUAUUAUUCUUCUCCCAGUAUUACUUUGCUUAUUUGGUAGUGAUGCUGUUCAAUUUGAUCGUAUUUGUAGCAAAAAAGAUAAAUAUUCUUUAUCUGAAGAAUAA